AUGGCUUGUAAAGAGGAUACAAAAGCAUCUGCACAAGAUGAAGCCAUUAAGAAUGAAUUUGAAUCUCGUCGGUUUCAGGUAGAUAGUUUAGAAGCUGAGCUUUUGGAUGUCAAAGCUUACCUUGACUUUGGUUCAGAAGAAGAUGCCAGAAAGGAGUUAGGUGUUCUUUCUGGUAGGGUGAGAACUACUGCAGUAAUGUUGCGCUAUUUGAGAUCUAAAGCUAGAGUCUUGGCCACUCCUGAGAAAGGAUUAAACUCUCUUGAGAAAGAUGGUGGUGGUUCGUCUUCUUGUGAAGAUACAUUAACUGAAGCUUCAAUGCAUUGUGGUAUAGAGGAUGGAGCUUAUACUAAUGAGAUGCUCCAGUCCAUAGAGAUGGUUACUGGUGUUCUUGAGUCUCUUGUUAGGAGAGUUACAGAAGCAGAAUCCGAGACGGCUGUUCAAAAGGAGAUGGUACUAUUGGGAGAGGAAGAACUUGGUAGGAAGACAGUGCAAAUCGAUAAUCUGUCCGUAAAGUUACAGGAGAUGGAGAGAUUUGCUCACAGUACUAAUAGUGUUCUGAGCGAAAUGAAGGAAAGGAUUGAGGAACUAGUUGAAGAGACGAUGAGACAGAGGGAAAAAGCUGUUGAAAAUGAAGAGGAGCUGUGUCGUGUGAAGAGAGAGUUCGAGUCUCUUAAAAGCUAUGUCAGUACUUUUACCAAUGUCAGAGAAACACUUCUUUCUUCCGAGAGACAAUUCAAAACCAUUGAAGAGCUCUUUGAACGGCUGGUGACUAAGACGACACAACUAGAGGGGGAGAAGGCGCAAAAGGAGGUAGAAGUUCAGAAACUGAUGGAAGAGAAUGUGAAGCUGACGGCACUUCUUGAUAAGAAAGAAGCUCAGCUUCUAGCUUUGAAUGAACAAUGCAAACUUAUGGCUUUAAGUGCAUCAAACAUCUGAAUUUUUGUUUCUCUUGUUUGUAGUUUUUUUUUUCUCUUCUUGAGACAAUGCUUUCGCAGAAGAGAAGAUCUUCCAGAUUGUUGCAAAGCUUCUUACUUACUCUAUUGUUCUUUGUGGUCAGAUAAAAAAACAUUCUUGUAACUUUUAUCUGUAAAUUUAUCAUGGCUUAUGCAAAAGCAAAGAUGAG